GCCGCCACCACGCCGCGGGCAGCGCCGGCGGUCAGCCCUCCAACCCCAACAUCCGCGACGACAUGUUCCGCAACUACCAGCCGUGGGUUAUCGCCACGUACGGCGACUCGGCCAAGACCAAGACCAUCACGCUUCGCAAGCACGCGCGCAUCUUGAGGACGCUCCGCGGCGAGGAGACCAAUUCGGUGGAAAACUCCAAGUUCCGCUUCUGGGUGAAGGCGAAAGGUUUCCGCAUGGGUCGACCGCCGGGUUACGUCCCCAAACCCGCCGACUCCAUCGUGGGCACCCAAGCGCUGCCCGGGCAGUCGCCCCACGAUGAACCACCGCUCUACGUUCCAGUCGCCACAGCCAAGGACGGCAUGGGUCGCGAGCGGCAGCUGUUCAAGAAGGUGGCCGUGGUGGAGAACUUCUUCGACAUCAUCUUCAGCGUGCACGUCGAGAUGGAGGGACGGGCUGGCAAGCACGCGGGACAGAAACGCACCUAUCGCGCGAUCACGGAGACGUACGCGUUCCUGCCGCGCGAGGCGGUGACGCGCUUCCUGCUGGGCUGCACCGACUGCCAGCGCAGGCCGCGCUCGCCGUCGCCCGCCGCCUCGGCAGCUGUGUCCCGGGGGCGCGUCGACGUCGGGUGCGGACACAGUGGACGCGGCGUGCUGUCGCGGGCACGAGGCAGGAGGCCCGAGGGCGGAGAUCGUCUGGCCGGCGAAGGGCUCCGCUGGACUCGGCUGGGCUGCUGCCGGAAGCGAGAGCGCCGCACAAAGGGCUGCGCGGACCUCGCAGGGCGAGCCCUUCUGACGCAGCGCAGCGCUGUCCGCAAACGCUGGAAAAAGACCAGCGGUGGCUCCUCAUUAGGGCAGCCGUGGCCAGCGCUCAUACGCCCCGUUAAUGACAGCUUGCGCGCGCAAAAUUGUUUAUGGCACCUGAAGCUGGUUCGCCGCAUCACAUUUCCGCCUCUAGAGCUGGCCUCGCGGGCCGAGCCGGCGGCGCGGGCCGCGUGCCCUCCGGGGUCACCGCUGGGCACCGGAGGUCGCGCGUCUCAUUAUUAA